AUGAGGGUCGUAUCCCAGCUAUUCUCGGUCUCACUCGGCCCUGACACUUUUGCGCGAAUCGGCUUGGACGAGCGGCAGGAGGUGUCCAAUCGUCUCUACAAGACGUUGACGAAAAGGAUUUCGAGCACGAUAGAAAAGCUGGCACCGAUUGCCCAGCUUCGUGAAGUCGCCAUCUUCAACUUCGAAUCGCAUUUCAUCGAGAAACCACGCACAGAAAGGGACCGUUGCAGAGAGUUGGCGGUGAAGCGUGCGCCAGCAGUCAGGGCGGCGAUGGACUGCUUGAGAGAGAGCCCGGCAUUUAAAGGCGACGAUGGCAAAGACAAGGUCGUGGCGUUGGACGGGAGAGUGUUUCCGCCGGUCAAGUGGCAAGAGAUUAUCGACGCGGCCGCCAAGGCUCGUGCGAAAAUGCACGAGUGUGUCCUGUACUACGUCUUCAAGAAGAAAAAACUAAAGGGCACGACCAAGAAGAAGGUUUUCUCCAUCCCGGCUAGGAACAGCACCAACAAGGCCACGAAGAGUCAAGGGAGGUCGUCUGCACUGAAGGACUCCGUCGGCAAUUCCUACGCUGGGGGCCAAGAGUGGAAGGUCCUCAAGCUGAACAUGUUUGAUGCCGCCAGAGAAGGCGGGGGUGUGGUGACACAAGACCAGAUGCUGGAAAUGGUGGCGUCCAUAGGAGCGGCCACGCCGUACAGCAUGGCGAACGCGACGGGAGGAGCCAAGCACGCCAACAAGGCGGCAGGUCCAGGGAAAUGGGUCAGAGAGCAUGGUGCCGAUGGAUUCGCAGACGACCCGUUUUACGAAGCCGACGCCCAUGGCGUGGGUCUCCCCGUUCCUAUCCACCAAGGGGUGCACCCGGAAUAUCUCGAGAAGGGAACUGCGGGGAUUAUCGACUACUUCAGGAAGCAGCUGUUGUCGAAGUGGCUGCAGUCGACGGAGCUACUCGUGGUUGGCUACGACCGACAGGAACUGGUGCCCGUGAUCAAUGGACACGAACAGCUUGGGAGAAGCGAGAAACUUGGUGAGCCUGAUCUGAGUGCUGAUCAUCCACCUGGUGUAGAUGUCGAGGGCAUAGGUCUCGAGAUGGCAAGGGAAGGUGCCGGGGAGGCGCUUCCCGAAACUGAACCACUCCUUCACUUUCGAGACGGAACCGACACGAUCGAGGGCGUCGAGCGCCAACGUGGGCCAGACAUCGGCGAGGCGGAGCUCUCCGUGAUACACUUCAUCGCUUGGGCGAAGAAGUACUGGGGGAAAAGCUUCGACAAGUGGGUCGUUUCAUCGGUAGACACGGACCUGUGGAUGAACAUUCUACUGGCGAUGACAACUGGUUGGCUCACGCCCCGUGGCGAGAGGGCAGUUGAUGUGACAGUCCUGAGGGUCGUGGGUGGCGAGACCAAGUUCCUGUGGAUGAACAGAGUGUUCGCCAGCAUCUGCGAACUCCAGGACGAAAGCGAGUCCGCGUGGCCGCCAUUGAUCUUCGGGAGCUGGAUUCCCACGGACAACGACAAGAUGUGGGUACUCGUCCUUAAGAGCGUACGGACGGAAGGUUUGUUUGAUAAGCCGUUGUUCUUCGAAGAGUACGACGGCACGUGGGCCGUGGAUGUCGACGAAUGCGCGAAGCUUUUGGCGACCUUGUUCUUCUACAAGGAUGAAGCGGCGUUUGGCACUGCUCAUUUAACUCCAGCCCAGGUGGUCCAAAGCGUCGAUGGCGACGUCGAGGCCUACGUGAGCGUGAUCCGCUACGCCAUCCUCCAACUCCCCAAGAAGAAGACGACCGCCACCUGUCCGUCAUAUUAUUCCUUGCGCAAGAAGGCCGAACGGGGUAAUGCCAUCUUCCGGUACUGA